AUGUCUCCUUCCGUACACGAAGAGUAUGCCGCCCUCAUGAAGCCCAAUGGCUCUGGGUAUUACCUAUACCGACCUCAGCCAUUUGCCCAGUGCCACCCGGGUGCGGUGGGAUGCUUCGACCAAAACGGCAUCUUCUACCAAAUCACCGACCUGUCCGAGCCUGGCCGUCCCGAGAAGGACGGAUUUGGGCGCUUCGGCCCAACGCUGACCCGGGCGCCUUCGAAAACUUCAACAUGGGAGACCACGUCCUCGGGCAGUGAGGCGGAGCAUUCCUUCGGACUCGAGGCAGGUGUCUCCGGAGCCCUGUCCGCGGCUCCGAUUGACGUCUCGGCUGAGGCCAAGAAUAAAUGGGGCAAGACGGGCAAGGCGGCGCUCAUCACCAAGAAUAUUAUCGUGGAGGAUAGCUUCGCGCAGUUGCCGCGAGCGACCAUUGGAGACUGGAUCAAGGCCAAUGCCAAGGGUAUUGUGCAGAGUCAGUAUCGAGAGGAGAUUGCCGAGUAUGGACUGUGGGUUAUCUCGAGGACUUGGUCGACCGAUGAGUGCCAGAUCAAGAUGGAGAGUGCCCAUAGCCGGGACACGAGCGGCGGUUUGAACGUUGGAGCCACGGGCAUCGCGAAGGGGGGAGCUAGCGCGUCGACUUCGAUGAAAAGCAACAGUGAGGGUUGGGCGACAUACACUGCAUCCGAGACCGACCAGUCACUCGUCGUCUCAUACGGUGGAACCGGUUAUAGGGUCGCCACUUUUACGAAGAUGUUCCGUGGAGGCCCCCUCAAGUACACCGGAACCCGAACUUCCGCCACCAACGAGUUCAUCAAACCGAUCUACAACGCGGACGGAGAACAGACCGGAGUCGAGUACUACCGAGCCGUAUUCGACGAGAACGGCCAGCAAAUCGGAGAAGAGAAGAUCGACAAGGAGGCCGAGCGGAAGGCGGCAGAAGAGGAGCAGAAACAACUCCACGAGACGAACUCCGAGGUGGAGGUCGAGCUCGACACUGGGCUUUCCAUUGGAGAACCUGAGGAACACGAGGAGCAGGAGAAGAAGAGAGAGCAGGAGGCGGAGUUUAAGAGGAAGGUUGGAGAGAUUGACAAGAUCCAGGAUGAGUCGGAGAAGAAGGCUGCGCUUGCGAAGCUGUUGUCUGAGAGUGCUCAGACGACGACCACGACGACAACUAUCUAG